AUGCUCUCUUUUUUUAGGAAAGCCAUAUCCCGUUCAGGCCUCCAUUACCUCGGUCCACCUCCAUCUUCGCUUCCUCCGGCGUCCAAUGGCCCCAACAAAGAGCUUCGUACUUCCGUGGACUGGACGGAGAAUGCAGUGAAUGGCGAUCACCUGUGGAUGGAAACCAGUUGUUCAGGGGAGCUGUGUUAUCUCGGAGAGGACGCUUGCCUGCUGAAGACUGCAAAGUCAGCACCAAGGAAGAAAUGCGCCGCCUGUAAGAUUGUUGUUCACACUGGCUGCAUAGAGCAGUUGGAAAAGAUUAACUUCAGAUGUAAGCCAACCUUCAGAGAGGGAGGAUCGCGGUGCCUCAGAGACAACGUACUGAGACAUCACUGGGUUCACAGGCGAAGACAGGAAGGCAAAUGUAAACAGUGUGGAAAGAGUUUUCAACAGAAGUUCUUCCACAGUAAAGAAAUCAUCGCCAUCAGUUGUUCCUGGUGUAAACAGGCUUUCCACAACAAGGUGACAUGUUUCAUGCUGCACCAGAUAGAAGAACCGUGUUCACUGGGGGCGCACGCCGGAGUCAUAAUACCACCCUCCUGGAUCAUCAAAGUCCGGAAACCACAGAGCUCUCUCAAGAACUCAGCCAAGAGAAAAAAGCGGACAUCGUUCAAACGAAGAACGAGCAAGAAGGGGCUGGAUGAUUCCAAAUGGCGUCCAUUCAUGUUGAAGCCCCUCCCUUCUCCUCUCAUGAAACCCAUCUUGGUUUUUGUAAAUCCCAAGAGUGGGGGCAACCAGGGUGCCAAGCUGUUGCAGAUGUUUAUGUGGAUCUUGAACCCCCGACAAGUGUUUGACCUGUCCCAAGGUGGACUGCGAGAGGCGUUGGAGUUGUAUCGCAAAGUGCCAAAUUUAAGGAUCCUCGCCUGCGGAGGAGAUGGCACGGUGGGGUGGAUCCUGUCAGCUCUGGACGAGCUGCAGAUGAAUCCCCAGCCUCCGGUCGCUGUGCUUCCUCUGGGAACAGGAAAUGACCUCGCCAGGACGCUCAACUGGGGCGGGGGUUACACAGAUGAACCGGUGUCCAAGGUUUUGUGUCACGUGGAGGACGGUUCGGUCGUGCAGCUGGACAGGUGGAACCUCCUCGUAGAGAAGAGUUCCUCUCAGCCGGAGGAGGGCACUCAAAAGCUUCCCCUGAAUGUGUUCAACAACUACUUCAGCCUGGGCUUCGAUGCUCACGUCACCCUGGAGUUCCACGAGUCCAGAGAGGCCAACCCGGAGAAGUUUAACAGUCGCUUCCGCAACAAGAUGUUCUAUGCAGGAGCUGCCUUCUCAGAUUUCCUCCAGAGAAGCUCCAGGGAUUUGUCCAAGCACGUCAGAGUGGUGUGCGAUGGCACAGAUUUAACACCCAAGAUUCAGGAGCUGAAAUUCCAGUGCAUAGUGUUUCUAAACAUUCCCAGGUACUGUGCCGGCACCAUGCCGUGGGGAAACACCGGCGACCAUCGAGACUUUGAGCCACAGCGCCACGAUGACGGCUGCAUUGAGGUCAUCGGCUUCACAAUGGCCUCACUGGUUGGCGGUCACGGAGAGAGACUCCACCAGUGCAGAGAAGUCGUCCUAACCACCUACAAGACUGUACCUGUCCAGGUUGACGGUGAGCCGUGCCGCCUGGCUCCAUCCACCCUCCACAUCUCCCUUCGAAAUCAGGCCAACAUGGUCCAGAAGUGCAAGAGACGCACCUCAGUGCCCCUGCUGAACGAUAUUCAGAAGGUGUGUGCAGCUGAUCUGCGCCGCCUCUCUGCUCCCCCCGACUCCUUCUCUGUUCCGCACGCCGUGCCCGAUCGCCUCCGCCUUCGAGUGAACCGGAUCAGCCUCCAGGAGUACGACAGGCUGCAGUAUGACAAAGAGCGGCUACGAGACAUCUGUAAGGACCUGAAACCCUUUGCUUUCGGUUCGUUCCGGCCAAAUAUUGUGGACUUGCAUCAGGCACCAACUACUGGCCACAGAGUGCACUACCAGGAUGAAAACCGAGGCGUCCCCAGAACCAGUUCAGCCAGUCGACUCUCUCCCAACUGGAGUUUCCUAGAUUCCACUUCAGCUGACCGCUUUUAUCGCAUCGACAAGGCUCAGGAGCACCUCCACUUUGUGACAGAAAUAUGUCAGGAUGAGGUGUUCAUCCUGGACCACGAGGGACCCAUGGGGAGCCAGGGCUCAUCAGCCGGGAUGCCAGAUCUGGUGGUGGAACCCACGGCUGGUGCUCCUUUGACACCUGAUGAACAAGCACUUCUGACUGCCGCAAGUUCCGGGGAUCUUUCCAUGAUGUCGGAGUGCGUGCGCCGAGGUGUCAGCCUGUUGGUGAGGGACUCCAGAGGCUGUUCGGCGUUGCAUAUAGCUGCCCAGAACGGACACACGGAGCUGGUCAGCUACAUACUGCAACAGGGCUCGAAAGUUCUUCUGGAUUUAACAGACAGAGAGAGAGGGGACACAGCCUUGCACAAAGCAGCCACAGAAAAGCAGCAUGCAGUGUGUCGGUUGCUGGUGGAGGCAGGCGCGUCGCUAGAUAAGACCAAUUUUCAGGGGAGGACUCCAGCGGACCAAGCAGACGGAGACCUGGAGCUCGCGGCCUACUUGAGCUCCCCAAAUCCCGCGUCGCCGGCCACCACGCAGGAAGACCUGGAGACCGCCGUCUGACCUUCCACGCACAGUCGCACACACACUCUGUCAGGACUCUGAGGCCCGAACACACUCAUAGUAAGGACGGACGUGGCAGGAAAAGCUUUUUAAGAGAGUCUGGAUUGGACUCGACGGAGGAGUGAGGAACUGUCUCAGCCCACAGAGCAGCGGAGUGGAGAUUUUAUUGGUCAACUAUUUAUUUGUAUUUAUUUAUUCAUAUUCUAUUUAUUGGUUGUGCUGAUUGAUGGAUCGAUUGACCGACUGACCGUCUCACUUCUAUCAGUGGAGGACGCAAGUGCAAUUUCAACACACAUCGUGAGCUCUCCCGUUCGUCUUGUCUCGGAGCCGUUUUGUUCAUAUUCUACCUGACGGGACUCCUACAGUGGUUGGCGAUGUGCUUAUAAAGUUAGAUGAAGCGAGUCAAAAUAGAGAUAGAAAUGGUAUAUAUUUAUCCCGUGAAAACCUGCGUGCCAAAGAAAUUGCACUGAUCGCGGCGUCAUAUCGACUUUCACUCCCGUUCCCAGCUUCUGUCGUUGGUUUCCCCGCGUCCCUUGGAGUCUUUCAUAGCAGUUUUUUUUUUUAAUUGUCUUUUAAAAAGCCAGGUAUGCGAUGACUGCCUCGCCGUCACAUGCUGCUCCGUGUCAUCGUCACGACUGGGGAAACCUAAAAAAAAAACAGGAAGAAAUGUUUCAACAUAUCCACCAUCAAACAUUUAAAAAAAGAAAAGGGAGGGUUUUCUCUCCCUCUUGCUUUACAGUUGCUUGUAAAGUGGUGGUGAGUCAUCUACAGAGACGCCCUGAAGCAACCUUUUAGUUCCCUCUGUACUUUGCUCUGUUGGUUCACUUCUUUGUUGCUUUUGAUUAAGGUUGAUAGAAUAGAAAACAUAGGACUAAAAAAAAAAAAACAUAUAAAGCCUCUUAUGGGUUUUAAAUGUUUUACAGUCUGCACUAACUG